AUGUACGAGCAGGCACAUCCAGUCCGGAUCCCUCGUUCGGGGCCCGGCAACCGCCAAACAAGCGGGCCGCCUUCUCAGCCCACUCCUGUCCAUCAGAGUGGUUCACGCGGGCGUGUCCGCCAUGGCAACGGCUCUUCUGACAAGCUUCAGGAAGACCCAGAAACGUCUUCGCACACGUACGAAGAGGCCGAGGCGGUGAAGCGUCACGCAACGUACACGUCUGCAGACCGCACGUAUCCGGGUGGAGGAAGCGACCGCCGUGGUCUCUGUAGCUUCAUCCGGUCCCAUCGCAUCUGCAUUGCCGCUGGUAUCGCCGUGCUACUGAGUCUGGUCUCUGUGGGACUUGUGCCUUUGACGUUCAUCAAUAAACAGGAGAUGUCCCAACUGUUCACAACUGUUGACGCCUUGAAGCGAGACCUGGACAACGAGCAAAACCGAACCGCGUCCUUGGAGCAGAUUCUCUACGAGUUAAGAAAGACUCUAGGUAGGUUAAAUGACCCUAAUAAGAACCACCAAUCUGCCGGACCCCCUGGACCUCCCGGAGAAAGGGGUGACACUGGACCGGUGGGACAUCCCGGAGAAAGAGGUGACACUGGACCGGUGGGGCCUCCCGGACAAAGGGGUGACACUGGACCGGUGGGGCCGGCUGGACCUCCCGGAGAAAGGGGCGGCACAGGACCAAUGGGGCCGGCUGGACCUCCCGGAGAAAGGGGUGACACUGGCACUGGACCGGUGGGGCCGGCUGGACCUCCAAGAGUAUCCUGUCCCACCGGUUAUACCAGAUGGCGUGAAACCUGCUUCAAACCCGUCAAACUAUCCAUGUCCUUCAGCGAUGCGGCCGAGGCCUGUCGCCAAGAUGGUGGCACACUUGCCAUGCCCCGAGACGCUGAGACCAACGACUUCCUUUACACCCUACAGCAGCGGAGUCGUUUUGGGGGGUAUCACUGGAUCGGUCUGCAGUAUUGUCCCGAAGAAGAUCGGUGGAAGUGGAUGGACGGGUCUGCACUUGGGGAGUUCAACUCUUGGGAAAACGGAAAACCAACUAAACCUCAUCCCCUCUCGCACAUCGCCCAGAAUAGAAAAAUAUGGCGUAUCCUAGAGUAUGAAACAGGCGUGACCCGCAUACAAAGUUCUAUCUGCCAGGUCACUCCAGGUACUUCACGCAAAAACACCGUUUGUUGA